AAUGUAAUAAGAACAACCAAGAGAAAUGGCUUAAGUUGUUUCAAUAGCAGAGAAUGCAUAAUUCUUUAGAUUGAUACAAAAUUCCAGAACCAAGGUUUUCUAAGGAACAGUAAAGUUAGCCCAAUUUUAAGAUUCAAAAACACAUUUCAUUACUAUUGAGAGUUUCUGUCAGAAUAUUGUUCCUGGUACUCCUUUUGUGUACAUAUAAUCUGAAUCUGGCUUAACACUUAUUUUCCCUCAUAUAGACUAAGGUAAUAGAUGAAAAACACAAUAUGUUUUAGGUUUAAAUGGAAUCUUUAUUCCACAAAGUGACUUAUUAAAUGUAUUCCAAACAGCCUUAAAUACUGUAGUUUCUAUGGUCCCAUUUGAUUAGGCCAUGUAAAUACAACAAUUUAAAGACACCAUAGAACUACAUUGCAAAGACAUUGCUACUAACACAUUAGAUAAUCCUAAUGAUGCUGCUUCCUAUAUUGCAAAGGGUGGAGAGUAUAUAUAAUAAUUUUAUUCCUUUAGCUAUCUUAAGAAAGGAUUCAUGUUUUUGGGAACAAUGAUGGCAACAGGAAUAAAUAAAGGAAGUCAAUAUUUGAAUGAUAAAAUUCAGCCAGGUUAAGAAGUUUAAGUUGAUCCAAAUACAAAGACUAAAUUUUAGGCUACCAAAGAAAAAGUCAGUGAAGUCUUUGAUGUAACAGGAUAAUAUCUUGGAUAACUAUUUAAGCCAGUGGCAGAGAAGACUAAAGAGUUAACAAAUGAAUUAGGACAUAAAAUAGAUAAUUCAGAUAGCUAAAGUAAAUAUAAUAGAAAUAAUAUUUUUAGUUUUAAAGUAGAGUAAAUAAUUGACAUCAGCUACUUGGGAUGCAGCAGGAACAGCUCUUUCUGGAUUAGGUACAGCCUUAUGUUAGGUGGGAAGUUCUAUUGGAAAUGGAACAAAAUAAAUAGUUUAAAAGAAAUAUGGAACUGAAGUUGUUAAUACUUAUUUAGGUGGUGAUUAGUAAUAACAGUAAGUACAAUAAUAAUAAUAAUAACAAUAAUAAUAAUUGGAUCAAUAUCAACCAUUGAUUGAAGAAUAACCAGCACCUUCUUCAUGAA